GGACGACCUCCAGGCGAUUCUGGCGGACCUGAUGUUCUUCACGACUCCUCGACCUCGUCCUCGACCUCGUCCCCGGCCUCAGCCACGGCCUCAGGCUCCCCUUCGAGUCCCCGACGAAAUCACGAUCUUCUCGAGGCCGAACUAUAACGCAAGACCCACCUCGACGCAGCCUCCCCCUAACCGAACCCCGAGCUCGGCGGAACACCUGAUCACAUUCCAGGACAUCUUGGAAGGAAACCGGAGACGUCCUUUGUUCUCGGCCUCGCAUUCCUCGGCGGACAGCCAGACGGCCUCGACGGCCUCCCACCAGACGCUAGGACUGCCCCAUGUCACGUCUUACACCGGGGUGAGAGAACCUCAGCCUCCGAAGCCACCUGCAGAUUUCAGGUUCCCUCUGGACAGAUUCCGAUACCCCAGCACCUCGUACGCGGUCACAACCAUGCCUCCCGCCACCGAGCCCACUGUCGCUGCUUCGUCUUUCAACAUUUGGGAUUUCCUCACGACCAGGAAGCCUCUGAUUCUGAACACAGAGGUGGUGACGUCAACGAGCAUCGACGUCCAGUACGGUUCAACGUCCUCAGAUCAAGGAACAACACAAUAUGGUCCUGUGUAUAGACCGACGAGUGAGCUGGCCCCAGUCUACAGACCAACCAUCGACAAUGGACCAGUCUACAGACCUGAUCAAGGGACUACAGACGAGUAUGGCCCGGUGUAUCGGCCCAGCAGCGAGCCAGCACCUUUAAAAGAAUUUUCGGGAGACCAGAAUUUCCUAACGGUCCCUGUGAUAUCGGGUACUAACGUCCGCUACAUCACCAUGAACAAGACGCGCACCAACUACCCCAACGUCGUUAUCGUAAACCUUCAGGCGACUCCCGAGGCCGAGACGACGACGCCCGAGACCUCCUCGCGGGGCGACGGAAGGAGAUUCAAUACGAAAUUCCUGGAGGACAUUUUCCAGACUGUGCUGCGCAACACGAACUACCGCGGCAUAGACGGAGCCACGCACUUCAGGAAUUCCGGCUUUUCAAACAGAAGAGGAAAACCUAUCGACCUCGACAUACCAGACUCACCUGCGCCCUUACUUGACGAGGAAACCAAUGAGUCUCUCUCCCUCUGGUCUGUCUUGAGGAACCUGAGCCAAGUAUACCUGUCCGAUCCCGCCAUCAUCCAGCAGCUGCAAGAUUUCGAGAAGGCAGCUUCACAAAAAGCAAAUCGAGGUACAACAGCUACAUCAACAUCACAAUCCACAACUCAAGAUCAAACAACAACACCCAAUUUGACGCCAUUCUUCCAGCAUUUAAGAGGCUCUCAGAAUCCCUUCCUGAAGAAUUCCAACGUCGUGGCAAGCCAGCAAGCUCCUGCUUACGCGUACAUCCCUCUGCAUGACCCAGACGCAUCAGAGCGUAGCGAUGCCUCGACCGAUGACGACAAGGGCCCUGCGCCUGCGUUGAACUACACCCUCCAACACAUCACGCCUCGCCCGGCAUCAGGUGUCACUUACCCCAUGGAUUAUACGCCACAGCCCAUCCGCUACACCUCAUCGCCUUUCACCACCUUGUUCAUGACCGGCGUCGGAGGCAAGAGCUCGGGCAGCCCGCAGGUGAUCAGCGUGUCGAGUCGUUCCCCCGUCAUUCCGUCAGGUAGCUCCUCGAUGACGAACUCUCCGAUCCACACAUUCGUCCUCAAGGAAGGACAGAGCAUGGAGGAUCUGCUUCAAGAGAUCUUCGAUACCAUAUCGCUGGAGGAAGAGAACGAGGCUUUUCCCUCCACUGACGCUCCGAGUUCAGACGUCGAAACGACGACAGAGGAUUUAGAAACUACGUACCAGACCACGCGCGAGACGGAGAGCCGAGACAGCGUCUUGGAGUCCAUCAACAGAAUCCUUCAGCAGCACCUCGAGAAGAUGAACAACCAGUCCAAGGACUCCUCCCGAGAGCAAAGUUCGACGGCGCCAUCGACGGCGCCUGAGCCCUCUCCGCCGUCUCGAGAGCCGUCCAAGCCGCACGAGGGAAUCGACCCCAUCCACGACCUCUUCCCCGUCAUGACCCGCCCCAUGAACUUCAUCCGAACCACCACGCCCAAGCCCUAUGAGAUCCUGGACGACGGCGACAACGAGAUCAAGACGACGGUCGUGGGAGACGGCAUGGCCUCCACGGAGGAGGUCAGGACGGAGACCUCGAUAGACGUGUCCUACAGCGUCCACUCUGCCACCACCGAGAUAGCGCUUAUCAACAACGACACAGUGCAAGCAUUUUUGUCAACCACAGCAUGUCAGAGCAAGUCCCAGUUCCGUUGCAAGUCUGGCGAGUGCAUCGCCGAGUCCUCGCGGUGCAACCUGAUCCAGGACUGCCGCGACAGCUCCGACGAGCGGGACUGCUCCUGCGCCGACUUCCUCAAGAGCAAGUUCCUCACGCGGAAGAUCUGCGACGGCAUCGUCGACUGCUGGGACCACUCGGACGAGUCCAACUGCGAGUGGUGCAAACCGGGCCAGUUCAUCUGCCCGGGGACGACCCAGUGCAUCGAGCAGAGCCAAGUGUGUGACGGGAUCACGGACUGCAAGGACGGGGACGACGAGAGGACCUGCGUCACCAUCGCCCCGGACGUCCCCGCGGCCAACUCUCUGGAUUACCAUGGCGAAGGGUACCUGAUGGUGCGGAAACACGGCGUCUGGGGAAAGCUCUGUCUCGACAACUUCGAGCAAGUGACGUCUCGAGCUUCUGCAACCUGGACGGUGUCAGACUUAGGCCAGGCUGUGUGCAAAACGCUCACUUUCAGCAACUUCAGCCGCGUGGAGCGCUCCCCGGACACGACCCUCGUCAAGCGCUCGCGGCCCAACAUCCCCUCGAGGUACCACUCGCUCCUCCCGCCUCCUGAUCCUGCAGCUCCUUCGCCCGUCUACUACGAAAUCAACGUUUCUGACAAGGGGUUCCUGCCCACGCGCGCCCGCUCCGUACCCGAGGACACGUCUUCGGCGACGGACCUCACUCUCUCCUUAGACUUCGAGAAGACGACGUGCCCGAGGAAGGACGUGGUGAAGGUCUCUUGCGAAGGACUGCAGUGCGGGAUGCGGCCGCGCGCCGUGCACCAUCGCGCCAGGAUCGUGGGCGGCAGCAACAGCGGGCCGGGGUCCUGGCCCUGGCACGCGGCGCUGUACAAGGAGGGCGAGUACCAGUGCGGCGCCACGCUCAUCAACGACCGCUGGCUCGUCUCGGCCGGACACUGCUUCUAUAGCGCCACCAACAACCACUGGGUGGCUCGUCUGGGCGCCCUCAGGCGGGGCUCCAAGUUCCCCUCGCCGUACGAGCAGCUGCGACACAUCACGCACAUUUUCAUUCAUCCCGAAUACGUCGAGACGGGCUUCAUCAACGACAUCACUCUGCUCAGCGUCAACGAGCCGGUUCGCUUCACCGACUACGUGCGCCCCGUGUGUCUGCCUCCGCCCGGCGCCGGCAUCGAGGACGGCCGCCUGUGCACGCUGGUGGGCUGGGGCCAGCUGUUCGAAGUGGGCAGAAUCUUCCCCGACACCCUGCAGGAAGUCCAAGUGCCGCUGAUCUCGACGUCCGAAUGCCGCAAGAGGACGGUGUUCAUCCCGCUCUACCGCAUCACCGACGACAUGUUCUGCGCAGGGUACGACCGCGGCGGAAGGGACGCCUGCCUCGGCGAUUCGGGCGGCCCGCUCAUGUGCCAGGAACCCAACGGGGCGUGGCAACUGGUGGGCGUGACGAGCAACGGGUACGGGUGCGCGCGCCCGCACCGCCCCGGCGUCUACACGAAGGUGGUCAACUAUCUCGACUGGAUGAAUCAGGUGAUGGAGCUGACGAAGAGCGAGCUGGUGGUGCCAGUGCCAGCGCAGUGCGAGGGCCACCGCUGCCCCCUCGGCCAGUGCCUCUCCGCCUCCAACGUGUGCAACGGCGUGGUCGAGUGUUCGGACGGCUCGGACGAAGCCCAGUGCCACUGAGAGCAUUGCGGGUAAAUUGUGUCGUUUGGAUUCGGACGAGGUUUCGGACGCGGUGUCGAGGAUGUCGCGUGUUGAUUAGAACUUGUCGAGACCUGUUGCACACACUCCGGCCAGUAUGAUGACGUUGUCUACGUGAGAAAUUAUAUGUGAAUGGAAACGGAAAGGAGAAAUCAUCAUCAUUCAGUAUUAACUGCUUCUUGGACACACUCAAGGUGCCUUUCAGUGAAUGACAUGAAGUGUAAAAGAACGACCUGGGAGAAAAGAAUAUUCUGAAGAAACGCAGAAUGUGGAAACGAAUGAAGCACCAUUCUUGAAGGGGUUACGAAACCUCUUUAAAAGAAAGAAUGAACAUAUGUGAAUUCUCGAAAUUUUUGAACUUAUUGUAUCAUAUGUUUAUUUACGAAAACUAUUUAUUGUUAAAAAUAUUUGAUUCUUAUGUAGUGUGAUUGUGUACUGCAUAUUCUUCAAUUAUAACUCCAGUGCUCUCAGAGUUUCACAUUGGAACAGAGAGCAUAGCAAGGAGUGUCAUUUCAAUGGGCAUUAUGAAUUAUAUAAGGACAGCACUUGAUAUACACCAAUUUUCAUUGUUUAACAUAAAAUGUUAUAAACAAAAAAAUGCACAGUUAGCAUUAGUAGUUAUGUACAUUAUCUAUAUUAUAUUAAUAGUUCAUAAUUUGCGAAAAAAAGGAUCGAAUUAGGGAUUUGUUGAUCUUUUCGAAAAAAAAUCGAAUCAGGGAAGCUGAGUCUCUUGCGCACUCAAUGUACAACGUCACAAGCCCCCUCUGCUGCACAGCGCACUGAAACACGGUGAGACAAAGCGAUACACAUACGUAAUUCACCUCCAGAAAUCAGAUAACAGAUAAGCGAAAAACACAUGGAUAUAUAAACAAGUAGAUAAGGAUAGUAAUUAAGAUAAUUCCCUUAGUAAAACAGACACAGAUUCUUUUAAAAUGAAACUAUUUCUAUACAAUAUCAGAAAAUCUCACACAACAUGUUACUUCAUUCUUAACAAGAACACUUGAGAAAACCUGAUCCACGCAGAUUUUUAACUUUAUUAUGAGCAAUGAAUCGUUACUCGGUGUAGAACGUAGAGCUUCGUUAAUCUUCCUUUAAAGAAGGUUUUAGAAUAUAUAACGAAGGCUGAAGGUGCAAUGCGGUUGUAAGUAGAGAACAGAUAUGAUACUACCACCUUAUUAAAAACACGUUUAGCUUUACUUAUGUUAUGGUAAUUAUUUAUAUCGUUGGGGUCAUCUUGAGAGUGUGUAUGUCUUCGGUGCGACAGAAUUGUUGUAUGACAGUGGCAUUAAAUUUGUAAGUGAUAUUAGGUUAGCGGGAGUAUAGGCAUGCUUAUAACGAGUAAUAUCAAAACACAUAAGGGUCUAUAUAAUCUGUCAGUCUCUCCUUUUUUCUCUUUUUAUUAGUCUACCUCAUUCUGUCUUUCACAUACAAAUACACAGGCACAAACACUCUUUUGAAGGGCAGGGUUAAUUCGUUUGUUAUGCCUCAUCUGAUCUAAUGCUAUCAAAAUGCACUCAAUUUUGCGUGUCCUUCAUCAUGUACGAGACGGGUUCCGUCAGAUUAAUUCGUCCAUUUUCCUUUUUGUUUCAUUGUGUCGUGAUUUUUGGAACUCAGCGUGACUGCAUUUUGAAUCGGCAUUUCUUAGGUUUGGUAUUUAUUAAUUCAAGCGUGUGUAUAGGUUAUUUUUAGAUUUUUUUUACCUCACAUUCCCCCAUUAAAGUCAUGUUAUCAUUCAUUCAUUUAUUCAUUCAUAUUAUUCAUACCGGGCAAUUAUUUCAGUGUUUUGCACUUUGUACAUAUACAUAAAUAUAUAUAUUUACAUUUUACAUCUAGGUCAUGCCCAUGGGUAAAACUAAUGCCAAAGUUUUUUAUGGGCAUCUUCUUUGUGAUAUUGUUGUUAUUUAUUAAAAUGUACGUACGUAUACCUCUAAUAAAAUCGUUUCGUAGAA